GAACCUUCUAGAUAAUAAAGGGAGUAUUGAAUUGUGCGUUACUGUUGUUCGUGUUGUGUAGAUAAAUCGAGUCACAAACAAAAUGAUAACCGAUAAAAGAGCUGUUGAAGAUUCAGGCGUCCCCAAGAAUAAAAAAGCGAAGAUUGCCAGGGUAGGUUAUGGUAUAUUAUAUUUAUAUUUAGGUAAAAAAUAAAAUGCCAGCUGCUGUGCAAAUAACAGCUGAGCAGCUUCUUCGAGAAGCUAAGGAGAGAGAACUAGAAGUUACGCCAAAGGCCCCACAGCAGAAAAUCACAAGCCUUUCGGAGUUGAGAGACUUUCAGUUGCGUAAAAGGAAAGAUUAUGAAGACAACAUUAGGAAGAACAGAUUGGCCAUGCAAAAUUGGAUUAAGUAUGCAAAGUUUGAGGAAACGCAAGGUGAACUUCAAAGGGCUCGUUCAGUUUUUGAACGUGCUUUGGAUGUGGAUUACCGAAAUGUUGGUCUUUGGCUUAAGUAUGCCGAGAUGGAGAUGCGCCAUAAACAGGUGAACCAUGCUCGAAACUUGUGGGACCGUGCAGUUACUUUAAUGCCUCGAGCUAAUCAGUUCUGGUAUAAAUAUACGUAUAUGGAAGAAACACUGGGUAAUGUUGCUGGCGCCCGGCAGAUAUUCGAGAGAUGGAUGGAAUGGCAACCAGAAGAACAGGCUUGGCAUGCCUAUAUUAAUUUUGAACUUCGGUAUAAAGAGAUGGAUAGAGCACGUCUAGUUUAUGAAAGAUUUGUUCUAGUUCACCCUGAACCAAAAAACUGGAUUAAGUAUUCAAAAUUCGAGGAAAGAAAUGGUUUUAUCAAUUCAGCUCGUCUGGUUUUUGAGAGGGCAGUAGAGUUUUUUGGCACAGAUAAUCCCCAGGCUCGUUUGUUGAUUGAUUUUGCCCGGUUCGAAGAACGUCAAAAAGAGUAUGAACGUGCUCGCGUUAUUUAUAAGUAUGCACUAGAAAAUUUACCAAAGGAUGAUUGUCAAGAGAUUUACAAAGCUUACACACUUCAUGAGAAAAAGUAUGGCGAUCGUCUAGCUAUUGAAGAUGUUAUUUUAAGCAAACGAAAGUUUCAGUAUGAAGAGGAAGUACAAGCAAACCCUCAUAAUUAUGAUGUAUGGUUCGAUUAUGUCCGUUUAAUGGAAGAAGAGGGUUCAAUUGAACAGACACGAGAAAUUUAUGAACGUGCUGUUGCAAAUGUACCACCAAUCAAAGAAAAACGAUAUUGGAGACGCUACAUUUAUCUUUGGUUGAAUUAUGCACUAUAUGAGGAACUAUCAGCAAUCGAUCUAGAAAGAACACGUCAGGUGUACAGAUUUUGCUUAAAGUUAAUACCGCACAGACGUUUCACAUUUGCUAAAAUCUGGCUAUAUGCAGCUAAGUUCGAAAUCCGUCAAAAGAAAUUAACAGAUGCGAGGAAACUACUGGGUACCGCUUUGGGUAUGUGUCCGAAAGAUAAGCUAUUCCGCGGUUACAUUGAAUUGGAGAUCCAAUUAAGAGAAUUUGACAGGUGUCGUAAAUUAUAUGAGAAAUUCCUGGAGUUUUCUCCGGAAAACUGUACUACAUGGAUGAGGUAUGCUGAAUUGGAAAGUCUUCUGGGAGAGACGGAUCGUGCACGAGGUAUUUAUGAAUUAGCGAUCAACAGGAAAUUGCUGGAUAUGCCGGAAUUAUUAUGGAAAGCGUAUAUUGACUUCGAGAUUGAACAGUAUGAUUGGGAACGUGCUCGGUCACUUUAUCGAAGACUACUAAGUCGAACACAACACGUCAAAGUAUGGUUAAGUCUUGCAAACUUCGAAUUGUGUGCCUUGAACAAACUCACAGCCGCUGAUUUAGAUGAUGAAGAUUUAGAACAUUUGAAAGAUGUUGAACUGGACAAAGAAACAUUAAUACAAGAACAUAAUGAAAACGAAAUCAACAAAGCAGUAGAACGUUCACGUAAAAUCUACCAAGAAGCAAAUAAAGCUCUGAAAUAUAUAGAGGAUAAGGAGCAACGUGUUCGACUACUUGAAGCUUGGAAGGAAUUUGAAUAUGAAUAUGGAACUGAAAAAACACAGCGAGAUGUUGAUAAACUACAACCACAGAAGGUCGUUCGCAGUCGCCGACUUGGUGAUGAACGUAGUGGUUGGGAAGAAUAUAUUGAAUAUACAUUCCCCGAUACAGAUGCAGAAAAGCCAAACCAAAAAUUGCUUACAAUGGCCGCUAGAUGGGCAGAACAAAUGGAGAGGAAAAAAGCAGCUGCAGAGGCCGAAGGUAAAGAGGAUAGCGAUUCUAGUGAAGAAUCUGAAGAAGAAGAAGAGGAAGAUGGUUUACAAGGUGAUGAAGAUGAUAAUCGUAUUCCUGAGAGAGAACCCACAUGGUUUGACCGAAAAAACAAAGAAGAAAUAGAAAUCGACGAAGAAAGUGAUUAAAAAAAGCCCACUUCUAUACUUUUGUAUAUUUUUUAAAAUCUUGUACAGUCAACUAUACAUUUAUUAAAUCCAAUAGAAAAAUAGCUUGUUUUUUUAAUGAUAGUAGAGAUAUUCACUAGUUUAUGAAUUUUCAUCUGGCGGUAACCAAUCGACAGUAACUGAGCACUGUGAUCCAUUAAAAAAGUACCAGUUUCCAUGCGGCGCACCUUUUCGUGUUAUGGCCUAAGAAAUUGAAGUUAUCAAUACAGAAAGUCGAUUUGAAAAAUAUUGCAAAUUAGUUACAGUAAUACUGACGUUAAAAUGGCUGGUUGCGGAUAGGGACGUUAAUGAACAUCAGGUAGAUAAAUGAAAAAUGACACUUGUCAACUCGACUAUUUGUACUACCAACGAAAACAUCAAUCUGUUCACCAAGAUCCCUUCAUACAACAUCGUAGUACACCUCACUGUGAGACGCAGUCGUUUAGCAAGAGUUGCACUCAUUUAAGCAACGAAAAUGUUUUACUCAGGGAAGAUAACGUGAUCUUGAAGCCCGUAAAACAAUUUCAGACGUUUAUUUACGACCAGCAUUGACAUAUUAUGCUAAUCGGUAAUAUAGUUAAAUGGGGAAGUCUCUUUAUUAGAUUUAUUAUUAUUCCACGAGUCAACUGUUUGUUGAUCUCGUUUACUGGUCUAAAGCAUAGAAAGUGUUGACCACAGGAUAUAUGUAACAAGGUCGAUAGUUAAUCUGUGUUUACUCUGUUUACCUAAAUUCGUACACUGGUAAGCAAGAUAUUCUGCAUUUUUAUUUUUGCAACUUAACUUCAUAACCCUCUAUAUGUAGUUGGACAUUGCCGUAGCUCCUACCACUGCAAUAAUGCAAGAUAAUACUCGGUUUAUUCAUAUGGUGCCUCUUAAAGAGAUCACGAUUUAUUGAAGAUAAUAACAAAGUAGCUUUUAAUUACCCUGAUUAUUUCUUGGGAAACA